AUGUCUGACUACAAGCCAACAGAGCAUGACGGUCUCCGACAGGACGGUCAGCCAGACAAGCGCGUCGGCACUGGCGAGUUUGCGCAGGGAAAAGUUGAUCCCCAUGAGGCGGGCAAGCAAGGUGGUAAGGCAAGUGGCCUUGGAAGUGCAUCUGGUGGUGGCGACGGCGGCGGCGACGCAUACAAGCCCACCGAGAAUGACGGUCUGACGAAGGAUGGCAAGCCUGAUGGACGCGUCAAGGGCAACUAG